AUGGACAAAGAUUGCGAUAUGGUAUAUAAAAAUGUUUCUGACAUAUACAAAUCUGAAGAAUUUAAGACCUACGACAACUUUGUUUCGUUAGUUGCAAAAUGUGUAUGGCAGAUAAGAGAUAAAGAUAAAAGAGGUAAAGUAUGGAACGAACAGAUAAAACCAGCAACUUUUGAGUUAAAGAAAACCAUUGACGCCUUAGUCAUACUUGCAGGUUUUAUUUCAAUGUACAAUGCUAAAAUGAACCCACAAUGUUCAAAAUGUAAAGCAGCAAUGAGGAAAUAUAACUACUCCGUCAAAGAGAUAGAACGUAUGCGAAACGACUAUGCAGAUUUAAAGAAAGAAGUAGAGAAACCAGCAGAAGAUAAAAUGGACAUGUUGACAUUUCUGAACAAAAACUAUCCAACAGCUGACGAUUUCCUUCUAUCUGAUGUCAAGAAGAAAUAUAAAGAAACAUUCGGCAUAGUUAAAACUUUUGACAUACUGACAGAAGAAAUAGAAGCUACAAAACUGUUUAGGAUUUCAAAUAUACAUCGUACAAUUCAUGUAAGACGCUUGUGA